AUGCUGAUCCUCAUCGCCGGCGUUUCAGGCCUGCUAGGCAAGAUCCUCGCCCGCACAGGGCUGGAAAAAGGCCACCGAAUCCGCGGGUUCGGCCGCAGCCCGUCCAAAAUCCCAGCGGAGCUUCUGGACAAGUUCGAAUCGUUCGUCGAAUGCGAAUACUAUGAAGACCGCCUCGCGCUCGACAAGGCUGUGUCGGGCGUCGAUGCCGUCAUUUGCUCCUACACCGCGCACGCAGAAGCAAUUCUAGACUCGCAGCUCGCCCUGUUGCGGGCUGUCGAGCGAGCGGGUGUCAAGGUCUACCACGCCCACUCUUGGAACCCGGACUGGUCCAGGACCAGCCUGGGCGACUGGGAACACUACGACGCGUACAUCUCCUUCCGCCGACACGUCGAGCUCACUUCGACGCUCAAGCCGGUGUACACGUUCACGGGAAUCAUAGGGGAGUACGCCGUCAGCAAGAUCGUGGGGAUCGCGCACGUCGAAGACGAUGCCGACACCGACACCGACGGUAACGGUGGUCGCAAGACGGUCGCAUACUAUGGAGACGGCACGGCCAAGUGGGAUUUCACGUACCUGGACGACGCGGCCCGCUUCAGCAUCGACUUGAUCACGACGAAUCCGUCCGUCCUCGCGGGCGAAGGGGGAAUCUUCCGCAUCCACUCGGCGGCCGCAAGUGCUCUCGACGUCGCCAGGGCGUACGAGGAGAACACUGGGCAGGGGGUCGCCCUCAGGUCUCUGGGCACCGCCGAGCAUUUGCUCCAGAAAUACAGGGAGGCGCGGGCGGCCACGAGGGAUCCGAGACAGUACUUUGUCUAUGGACCCUACUAUGUCCACGCUGCGAAUAUAAUGGGCCUCUGGAGGCUGGACAACCCCGUCGAAGUUGGUUCGGUUGACGCCGUGAAUCGCCUGUUUGAUCGGCAGAUUGACAUAGCGGCAGAUUUGCUUGAGUGA